GGAGCCGAAUAUUAAAACUCAGUUUGGGGGAAAAUUCAACUAAAAUUAGGGUUUUCGUUCAUUUUCAUGUUCGUCAUUGACUCGCUGUCAACGCUUUCGCCUGCUCUCUGUUUCUAUGAAGCUAUAGCAUUCUGGGUUUCUAUGUUCUGUUUUCCCUAGCCCAAUUUGCGAUUCAAGGCUGGGGAGUCACGGAGCAGAACAAGGUAUCUCGUUGUAUUCCUGUUCAGUACAAUUUGGACUUUAUGACCAACUUGAAGAAAGUCCAUACUAAACAGGAUGGAUCUAGUCCUGUGGCUGAGAUUCUUGCAAAAUGGAAAGAGUAUAAUGACCAUCUGGAAUCAUCCAAUGAUGGGAGUAAACCUACUCGCAAAGUUCCUGCCAAGGGGUCUAGGAAGGGAUGCAUGAAAGGUAAGGGAGGACCUGAGAAUUCUCGAUGCAACUACAGAGGUGUUAGGCAGAGGACAUGGGGAAAGUGGGUUGCUGAAAUCCGGUCACCAAAUAGGGGAAGUAGGCUCUGGCUAGGUACCUUUCCAACUGCAAUUGAAGCUGCUCUUGCUUAUGAUAAAGCUGCCAGGGCCAUGUACGGUUCCGCUGCCCGUCUCAACUUUCCUAAGGUUACCUUCUCCAGUUCUGGUAGAGCAACUGUACUGGCUCCUUCCUGUGUAGCGACUUCUGCAGGUUCAGAAUCAUCGGGAACAUCAGGUCACUCUGAGGAUUUUUCUCCUCAGGAUAAGGUUGGGUAUGUCUAUACGAUAUCUCUACUUUGCCUGUGCCAAAAAUUGACAAACGGGUCAACAUCUUCACACCAAGUCUUUCGAGAAAAAGGAAAACGUAUCUAGGUCAGUUCCUAUAUUGGAUAUGGUUUCUAGUUCUUAAAAGAUCAUCUUCAUAGUGAUUUG